CAAGGCAUAUCAUGAAUACAUGAUGGUAUUGGAGUAUCCAUAAUUUGGUAGAGUUAUGAUAAAGUUCAGCUAUAAACUCAAUUAAAGCAUGAAAGCUUGAUCUAACCAGAACAUUGGAACAAAAAGUACUUUAUACAUUUUAUAUAUGUUGUCAAUUAAAGCUCUUGGUUCAGAAUUCAUCUCACACAGCCAUGAAGUCUAGGAUCAAUGAAAUCCUCAAUGGGACAACAAGAAAAACUUCCAAAAGUGUUCUCCUCAUACCAUUCACUCUGUUACUCAUCAUUCUCCCUCUCUCUCUCAUGAGAAACUCCCAUGAAUCACCACCUGUGAUAUCUGCUGUCAGAAGCAGAAGCAGUUUGAAUAGCACAACAGAAUCAGAAUCAGAAGAUGGGUGUGACAUAUUUUCUGGAACAUGGGUUCCUUACCCUGAAGGGCCAUAUUACAACCAUGAAACUUGUCCAUGGAUACUGGAUCAGCAGAACUGCAUCAAGUUUGGGAGACCUGACACAGAUUUCAUGCAUUGGAGGUGGAAACCAGAUCAAUGUGAGCUUCCUCUCUUUAAUGCAACUCAGUUCUUGAAACUUGUCAAGGGAAAGAAGAUGGUCUUUGUUGGUAUGUGGUCUCUUUUGUGCCUCCUAAAUCAUGUAUCUGAAGCUGAAGACCUUUCUGAGAGAUAUUCAUCAAAUCCAAUGUAUUUCAAGAGGUACUAUUUCGAAGAUUACAAUUUCACAUUGGCAAAUCUAUGGUCUCCAUACUUUGUGAAAGCCAGGGAUGAUGAUCCUGAUCAACACAGUUACAACAACAUAAUGAGACUCUACUUGGAUGAGGCAGAUGAAGCUUGGACUAAUCAGGUUGCAGAUUUUGACAUUGUCAUUUUCUCAGCAGGGCAUUGGUUCUUUAGACCUCUUCUGUUCUUCGAAAAUAAUAAACUAGUUGGAUGCAACCAAUGCGAUAAGGAGAAUGUAACAGAUCUUACAUACUACUACGGUUACAGGAAGGCAUUUCGAACUGCAUUCAAAGCAAUCACAAAUCUUAAAAGGUACAAUGGAAUGACAUUUUUGAGGACAUUCUCUCCAUCACACUUUGAGAAUGGGGAUUGGAACAAAGGAGGAAACUGUAAAAGGACAAAGCCAUUCACCAAGGAAGAGAUCAAGUUAGAUGGUUUCAUGCUUGAGACAUAUCUGACUCAAGUGGAUGAAUUCAAAGCAGCACAAAAGGAAGCAAGAAAGAAAGGCUUGAAGUUUAUGAUGCUUGAUACAACUGAGAUCAUGCUGCUAAGGCCUGAUGGCCAUCCAAACAACUAUGGACAUUCAAAGGAUAAGAACACAACGACAAACGACUGCGUUCAUUGGUGCUUGCCUGGUCCUGUUGACACAUGGAAUGAGUUAUUACAGUAUAUGAUGAACAUGGAAAAUCAAGAUUCCUCUGACUCAAUUAUACAGAGAAUUUUUUAGAACAUCUGGUUUACCAUGUACUGUUUUUUACUUGUAUUUACACAAGGUUUUUUGGAAAGGAAAGUGAAGAGGGAUCAUAGAAUGUAUUUAUGUACUCUUUAUACUUUGAAUAUAGAAUGUAUAUGAAAAGCAAUUUGUGAAAAUUAGAUUUUUACUUUGGGCGGAGAAUAAGUUGAUCCACUUGAUGUUAUGAACCAUUUGCUGAUCCA